AUGGCGUUGGGAUACUUCUGGGCUACGACUUGCCUCGGUCUCCUCUUGGCAAUCUUUGCAUUGGACAUCAUGGGCGUGUUCUCACGGAAGAAUCACUUCGAGGUCGACGGCCGGGUAAGUCAGACUAUGCGAACGCCAGCAUAAACUGCGAAACUGACCUGCAUAGACCGUUCUCAUCACGGGAGGCUCCCAGGGGAUGGGUAGAGGGCUGGCCAAGCUUCUGGCAGAAAAGGGUGCAAAUGUCGUGAUUGUCGCACGUAACCAACAGAAGCUGGACGAUGCAUUGAAAUAUAUCAAGGUACUUCGCUGUCUAUACGAGAGCCAUGUGCUUUUCGGAGCUGACAGUGCUUCUCAGGCUGCUGCACGGAAUCCUCAAUCACAGCGCUUCUUGGCCAUAAGCGCAGAUGCCACCAAGCCGGAGGAGAACGAGCGCAUCAUCUCGGAAAUCACAGCAUGGAACAACGGCAACCCUCCUGAUGUCGUUUGGGCCAACGCUGGAACGGCGCACCCUGAUCUCUUUCUCAACACUCCUCCGGAUCUCCUCAAGUCGCAGAUGAAUAUCAACUACUUCGCAGCAGCAUUUCUGGCCCAAUCGACAUUGAGAGCAUGGCUCAAGCCCUCCUCCAGCAAGACUGAUAUAUCCGAUGCCAAAAUCGCAAAGCCACGCCACCUUAUCAUGACAUCCAGCGUUGUCUGCUUUGCUGGUUUAGCUGGAUAUGCACCGUACUCGCCUCCCAAAUCAGCCAUGAGAUCAUUGGCAGAUACUCUUCGCUCCGAGGUGAACCUUUACAACGGCGCACGGAGGAAAGAUCCCGUGAAUGGUCCUCCGGCUGCUAUUGAGAUCCACUGCGUAUGCCCUGGAACAAUCACCUCACCGGGACACGAAGAAGAGCAGAAGACGAAGCAUGAAGUCACCAAGAUGCUGGAGGAAGACGAUCCAGCUCAGAAUGAAGAUGAGGUCGCUCGAGCUGCAGUGCGCGGACUAGAGAAGGGAGGCUAUCUCAUCACGACGCAGUUCAUCGGUCAUGCACUGAGAGCUGGUGCCAUGGGCGGGAGUCCUCGGAACAAUUGGCUCGUUGACACCGUCUUCAGCUGGAUCGUCUCUCUGGCCUGGCUGUUCAUUGGACCUGACAUGGAGGGUAAGGUUUUCAAGUAUGGCAAGAAACAUGGCUUGCCUGCCACCAAAUGA